UCUUGUUUCCCAACGAAUACGUUCAGAAGGGUGUUUCUCAGGGAAAAGAACAAGAGAAACUCUUGGGUAAGAAAUAUUAUCAUAGAAAACUCGGAAAAUCGCACGAUUCCGUGGCAAAGCCGCGCUUCCGGGAAUUCUUGGAGCUCGUGGAGGGGGGGAAGAGAGAGAGGGAGAGAGACUGUUCUUCUCUGCUGUGUUUGAUCACAGGGCUUUUCGUCUCCAGGGGAGCAGAGCAGUUCCCAAUCUCGUCCAAAGAUUCCUCUUUUGGCAUAUACAACCCUUUUUUCUUCUUUUUUUUUUGUAAGCAUAUAUCAGUCCGACAAUCUCCGAAUUUUCUCGCUCUCACCUCUCUCCUCACCAGAGCUGAUUCGUCUCCAUAGAAAGAUGGGAACGGGCUUCGAUUUGUAGAUAGUAUCUAGUUCUAGACCUGGGCUUGUGAGGUUCCUUGCUCUGGAUGUUGGAAGAGAAUUUGUGGUAUAGAGACCUAACCAGAUGGCUGCCUUGGUCCCUGGUGCUCUCCUCAAGCUCCUUCAGCACAUGAACACAGGUGUCAAAGUUGGUGGUGAGCAUCGUUCGGUACUCCUCCAAGUUGUCAGCAUUGUUCCUGCUCUUGCUGGUGGUGAGCUCUACCCCAAUCAGGGCUUCUACCUCAAGGUCUCUGAUUCAUCCCAUGCAACCUAUGUUUCCUUGCCUGAUGAGCAGGAUGACCUCAUCUUGAGUGAUAAGAUCCAAUUGGGCCAAUUCAUCCAUGUUGAACGCCUUGAGGCAGCCUCCCCGGUACCUAUCCUGAGGGGUGUGAAGCCUGUCCCUGGUCGCCACCCAUGUGUUGGCAGCCCUGAAGAUCUUGUGGCCACUCGUUCCUUGGAAUUCCUCAACGUCAAGAAACCGCAGGCAUCCAAUGGCUCUAAGGAUAAUAUUAGCACACCAUUAGAAAAAGAGAGGAGCAAGCUGGGGAAAUCGAUAGCAACUACUAAUGUUGAUGAGGUGGAAAAGAAGGCAUUGCUCGGUAGGUCAAGCUCUUCACUCACAAAAUCAUCAGUAAGCAGUGUAUUGGAGAAGAAGGCAGCUAUACAUGUAAGAUCCAAAUCGGUGAGUUCAAAGUCAAUCCCUUCAUCUCCAACAAGCUGUUACUCAUUACCCACAUCAUUUGAGAAGUUCUCCAAUGGAGUUAAGCAGCAGACAAAAGUUAAAGGGCCAGAGAGACCAGCACCCACUACCAAAAAGUUGGGUUUAUUUGAGAGGGCAGCUUCUGUUUUGAAGGCAACCACAGCUAAGAAGAAGCCAUCUGGUGGAAAUUUGAUUGGAAAUUCGGUGCCAGGGUUUGAAUCAGGGCCUAAGGUUUUGAGAAAGAGCUGGGAAGGGAAUGUGGAGCUGAAAGGGAGGGAUAAUUCUAAUCCAAGGGCAGCAAAGAGUGAGACUAAACCUGAAGCCCGAAGCACUUCUGUUCCUCGAAGAAAACCAACCACAAAUGAAAAGUUGCUACCUAAAGAGGACAACAAGGUUCAAACUCCUGCAAGGAAAAGCAAUGCAAGUGCCAUUUUGGAAGACGAUAGACCAAAUAAACAACCAGCUCCUGUGAUAAGGAGGACAUCAGAGGCCACUCACAAUACAUCCUUUGGCAAUUUAGUCAAGGUUGUGCCCAGUAGCAGAAAAUGGACUGAUGGUAGUGUUUCUUGGGCAUCACUUCCAUCUUCUCUAGCAAAACUUGGAAAGGAAGUCUUGAAGUAUAGAGAUGCAGCACAACAAGCUGCCAUUGAGGCCAUGCAAGAAGCUGCUUCUGCUGAAACCUUGAUUCGGUGCCUUAGUAUGUACGCGGAGCUGACUUCCUCUGCGGAGGAGAAUAACCCCCAGCCCUCGGUGGAGCAGUUCCUGGCCCUCUACGCCACCCUCUCCCGCGCCGGUCUCAUCUCCGACGCCCUCUCCAAAGCCUCCCCUGCCACGGUAUCCUCACCGGACCAGUCCGCGGGAGGUGACCCGAUCCCCGAAGAUGCCCUCCGGAUCUCCUCCGAGACCCGCAAGCUCGCCGCGUCCUGGGUCCACGCCGCCCUCGCCACCGACCUCUCCCCCUUUACCCUCUACCGCCCCAAAUCCACCUCGCCGUCCGCUUCCGCCGCCUCUCAGCCGACCUCGGCGGCGCUCGUCCUCGACUCUCCGGCCAGAUCCACCGCGGCCUCGAAGCCCCCCGCCUCCCCGAUCAAGCCCCGUUCGCUGUCGGUGGCGACGGCCUCUUCCAAGUCUUCGGUCACUGCGGCGAUCCGGAGGUCGCGGGGGGCGGCGCCGCCGCCUCCGCCACCUCGGGAGUGGACCCGGGGGGAAGGGCUGGAGGAGGGGGCGGAGCUGGCGCGGGCGCUGAGGGAAUCCUCGAGGGCGUGGUUCUUAGGGUUCGUGGAGCGGUUCUUGGACGCCGACGUGGCGGCCUGCAUGCCGUGGGAUCGGGAUCUGGUGGCAGGGAUGCUGUCUCAGCUCAAGAAGGUGAACGACUGGCUGGACAGCAUCGGGCAGAGGGGAGGCGAGGAGGGGGAGGACGGCGGCGGCAGGGACGACCAUGGCGUGCCGCCGGAGACGAUUGAGCGGCUCAGAAAAAAGAUCUACGAGUACCUCCUCACUCACGUGGAGUCCGCCGCCGUCGCCCUCGGCGGCGGGGGAGAACGGCCCGGGCGGAGGAUAUGAUGGAGGCUCAUCAGGGGCUGGGCACGAAUCACGAGACGGAGGAUGAAGUGGAGACUGGACUGUAGCAUUCGUUCGUGAUUUUUUACGACGUACACUGAAGAUAAUUAUUUUGGUGGUCGGAAGCGAACAGCGGACAGGCACAGGAAGUGUACAUAGAAGAUGUAUUUUUUUAGGGGAGUUAAUUGUGAUUUGUCUGAUGGAAGAUGAAUCCUGAUCUUUCUUCACUGCAAACAUGGUUAAUCUUUGUCUUUUUACACCAAAAAUUGAAUUAUAUUGAACAUUUAUUUGAAAGGUGAACAAGUGUCUAAUAUAUAUUACUCAAUACUAGAUUGAUGCAAUUUGUGUCAAGUGACAU